GGCAGGUGGCAACACUGUCGAGAGCGGCGGAGGAGAGAGCCUCAGCCGGCCCGCCAUUACGCCGUACCACGCAACGCCCCUCUAGCCAUGAAGCGCGGCGGGGAAAGAGACAUUUCCCCCUCCAGCAAGAGGUCCAGGUCAAGUGUUGGGAGGUAUGAAGACAGCAGUGAAGACGAGGGCCGCAGGAGUAGCCGCGGGGGCAGCCCAGGCCGCCGUUACGAGCUGCACCGGGAUGACUUCGGUCGGCCGUCUCGAGGGCCGCCCCCGCCCUCCUACAAGGUGCUGUGUGUGUCCAACCUGCACGCCAAGGCCAGCGACGAGAUGGUGCGGGAGGCCCUGUACCGGGAGUUCAAGAGAUUCGGGGACGUGAGCGUGAAGGUGUCCCUCGGAGCUGACGAGCGGCUGGCUUAUGUGUAUUUUAGAAGCGGAGAGGAGGCACGGGAGGCCAAGCACAGCAAGCCAAGAAUACUGUUCUACGACCGGCCGGUGGUUGUGGAGCCCAUGUACGAGGCCGCAAGGGACUACGGACCUCCAAGGGGGCGUUCUCGUAGUCCCCCCGAUUAUGACCGUGGUUACCGCCCCCGCAGCCCCCCCGGGCCCGAGCUGGAGGACCGCUAUGAGCCGCGGUUUGACCGGCGCCGCCCCCCGCUCCUGCCGCACACUGACUACUAUACUGAGGGCCCCCCAGUACGCCAAGAUGAAUAUGGUUACCGGCAACACCGUGGCCGCGGAGGGUUGCACAGCCACUACGGUCCGCUUAUACGGGGGGGAGGCUUCAAGCAUAGUUUUGGCAGCCGGGGCGGAGGUGGCGGGGGCGGCAGUGCAGGCGGAAUGAUUGACAGUAAGAGAGACAAGUUCCCUAACUACCUUCAUCAUGUCCCACCGGAGGAGGACCCUCUGGCUACACGCACUCUCUUUGCUGGCAACCUGGAGAUAAACAUCAGUGAAGAUGAAUUGCGGCGAAUCUUUGGGCGCUAUGGAGUGGUGGAUGACAUUGACAUAAAGAGGCCACCACCAGGUACAGGGAAUGCAUAUGCUUUUGUGCGGUUUCAAAACCUGGACAUGGCGCACCGUGCUAAGAUUGAGUUGUCUGGCCAGUAUAUUGGGAAGUUUCAGUGUAAGAUUGGCUAUGGUAAAGUGAUGCCCACCACCAGAGUGUGGGUUGGUGGUCUGGGUCCUUGGACAUCUGUGACUCAGCUGACUCAGGAGUUUGAUCGGUUUGGUGCUAUUAAGAAAAUUGAGUAUGUGAAGGGAGAGAACCAUGCUUAUAUCUUGUAUGAAAGUCUUGAUGCUGCUCAAGCAGCAGUGAAGGAAAUGAGAGGUUCUCCCCUGGGGGGACCAGACAAGAGGCUUCGGACUGACUUUGCUGAGGUCAAUCCACCUCCUGGUACUUUCCCCCCUGGGUUCAAGAAGGAAUUUGAGGGAGAGUAUCGGGAAGAAUGGGCAAGUGGCCGUGCUGCGGGUUACGAAGAGUAUAGUAGUGACUAUGGGGCAGGCUAUGGGCGAGGGAGGGGGCGUGGCCGGGGCUGGCAUGAGCGAGGUCGUGGCAGCCAUCGGGGAGGCUAUCAUGGGGACUAUCAGAGGGGAGAUUAUCGAGAUUAUGAUGGCACUCCUGAAGGAGACCAUGCUAACAGGAGUCCUGAAGCAGGUGAUGGAACAAAUGACAACGGCCUUGGUAGUGCCAGAACUCUAGCAGAUGUUGCUCGUAAAACAACUACUUCUUGGCAGGGUUCUCUGAUAUUAAAGAAUUCUUCAUUUGGCACCAAAAUGCAUCUUAUUGAAGGUGACAGUGAAGUGUCAGAGAUGAUGCAAGAUGAAGAAGGGAGGCCUCUGUUGCGAAUCACCCAGAGGCUGCGGCUUGAUCAAUCACGCCUGGAUGAUGUUAACAGGAGAAUCAGUGCUCCUUCAACUGCCACCAUCCUCCUGUCUUUGCCAAGCACAACUGCCCCUCAGGCACCAGAAGAAGCUGCUGUUCAGACUCGACCUUUAAGGAAUUUGGUGGCAUACUUAAAGCAGAAGGAGGCAGCUGGUGUUAUAACUCUUAACUCAAGCAAUAAGGAGGCAAACAUGCAGGGUGUUCUUUAUGCUUUUCCUCCUUGUGCUUUUUCUUUAGAGUUGUUGCACCGUGUCUCUCCUGGCCUAACAGAAGAGACAACAAGGGAUGAUCAUUUGGUCAUUGUCAUUGUGCGUGGAGCAGCUGCAUGAGUCUCCUUUCAUGUGUUAGUGUAUCUUAAUGUUACAAUCAAGUGUAUUUAAUAUUAGUGACUGAAUUUGAACAAAGUUAAUUCAUCUGUAAUUUUAAUCUGAUUAAAUUUGAAGAGUGAAGUGUAAUAAGUUUGUGCAGUGAGUUUGUGAAUUAAACAUGAAUUCAGGAAAGGAAUGCCACAAAUUAGAUGAUUUUGUGGAAAGAAAAGAACAAUUGUUUUGCUUGACAACCUUGGCAUAUACUGUGUAGUGCUAUUUUCUUAAUACAGUGAAAUGGUAUUAUUAUUCAGUGUUUAAUUGUGCAUGUGAACCUCUGUUGCAGUGUGGUGAAUAUUGGUGAUAGUGAUUAAAGUGAGUGCUGUGAAUAAGCUCAAGCUUUCUUUUUUUCAGUUUUGUGAAGUGCUUGUUGUGAAGUGACCCUUCAAAACUUGUGAUAGUGGUGAUGGAUAAGCAUCAUGCUUUAUUGCAAUCUUCUUUAACAGUGCUUACAGUGUACCUAAAGGAAAAGCUUUAUUCAGUCCAGUGUGUAGUGCUUUUAGGAAGUGGUCACCAGUUAAUUUCUUAUCAAUAGUGAGUGAGAUUUGUGUUAUGAAAGAAGCAUAAGUAGUGAAGUGAUACUUAAAAGUGCUGUGUUGAAAAUAGAUUUUCUGUGCUACUGUGACGGCUUGGGAUGAGUAAGGAUUGGGAGAUGCGUUGCAUAAAUAUUAAAGUCUCUAAUUAAGCUGAAAUCAUUCCAUGCAUUAAAAGUACAAAGAAGUAAUUUUAAUAAAAAAAAAAAAUUACAUGCUUGUUAAAAACUUGAAAAUAAAAACUAAAUUGAUUUUCAGUAAACAACGAACUAAAUAUAUAUAUAUAUAUAUAUAUAUAUAUAUAUAUAUAUAUAUAUAUAUAUAUAUAUAUAUAUAUAUAUAUAUAUAUAUAUAUAUAUAUAUUAAUCAGCAGGGAUGUGAUGAAGUGCUUUUUGUAAACAUAGUAAUGCCAUGAAUAGUUAUGUGCCACUCUUUCUGUGGAGAAAUUUGUGGAAUAAAUGUGUCCUGCCGGUUCAGAAACUUAACAUUUUUAGAGAAAGCUUCAAAGGAAUGGAGAGAAAAAUCAUGAGUACAGUAUAGAGUAAGAGGAAUUGAGCAUCAUGGAUUAGAGGACAGACACAAAUUGAACAUAUUCAAAUGACAAAGCUAAGAACUGGACAUCGGCAAGUCAUAGGUGUAGAACUGAUGAGAUGGACAAUGAAAAUAAGUGUCAACUCAGAUAUUGUAGUUGUGGCAGGCAGAAAACCUGUUUGAGAGAUGAAAUUAGAGCAUUUACUAGGUAAGGGUGGAGUACACUAACAUCAGAUGAGAGGUGGAGAAUGUUAGGAAGUCCUUCAUUGGACUAGUAAUGGCUGAAUAUGACAACUGUCAACAAUAAUGGUGGUGCACAUGCAGGGGGGCAGGAAAAAUUGCUUUUGACCCUAACCAAUUUAUAAGUCCUCUCAGCCCAGUUGUCUAUAUAAGCAAAAUCAAUAAAACAGUUUUUGGAUGAAUUUGAUAAUUCACUUGGAGGAUUCCCUUGAAUGGCCUGCUCCCAAAGUAUGGGCUGCCACAGAUAUUUUCAUUUCCACUAACUAUCAGUUUUACAUCUGAUCUACCACAGUCCAUUUCCUGUUCUUGAUAGUCAUUAAAAUAUCAACCUUUGUGUUUUUAGCCCAUGAUGCUCAUCCUUGUCU